AAUUCUAAUGCCAUCAUAAUUCAAAAUGGCUGACGCUGUCAGAAAAUCAAUUUAUGUGGGAUUAUCUUUUGAAAUUCCACGUGGAAAAUUAUUGCUAUAACUGUAACAUAGUUUCCAUAAGGUACAGAAAUAGCACCCAACACAGCUGCAUGAGGAUGGAGUAAAAUGCACCAUAAAUAAUGUCUUCGAGUGAUUUCUCAGAGCCUGUUCAUUUUUCAAAAGAUGAAAAUGGAAUGCUGGAGACUGAAACGAUCCCUGAAGAGAACGGAGUUACCAAAGGUGAAACAAAACACUUGAACAGUGAGACGACAACUAAAGCAACAAUGGAAUCUGAACCAGUGCAAGAAAGUGAUAACCUUUUGAUAAGUGACACAAUUCAGGUGUCAACGCCAUGUGAUUUAGAAUAUUCUGAACACGAUUCCGGCAAUUAUGAAAUGGAUCAAAACGUUGCUAAUGGGGACUCAGUUGUUACCACAAACACAGAGAGCAUUGACAUUGAUCAUGAAAUAGCAAAUACUUAUUCAGAAAAUGCUUGUGAGACCAGUGGAGACCAACAAGUUGAUGUUUCCUCCCAUGCUAGUUCCCAGCAACAUCAGUUGGACGUUAUCUACACGGAGGAACAACCGAAGACAGAUAUGACAUUUGUACCAUCGGGUUUACAAGAGCCACACAUUUAUCAUCAUACACAUGAUCCAACACCAUAUAACCACGAUACGGACCAUAGCCAGACCCAAACACAUCCGCAGGUCGGAGUGUUUGUCGGAACGAUGGGACCAAACGGUAACCAGCCUGACGCAGACCAGAUUGCGAGUCCAGACCACUCCCACCCCCUUCCCGCCACACAGGGUCCCCACCCUGGGGUUCACUCCCACGCACAUUACUGCCCCAACCAGGUCCCCUCUGAAACAGGCACAGGCACUCCUAGUCCCAACCCUGCCCCACCCCUGGGGAAUGGAUCCCACACCCAGGGACAUCAGCAUGUGGUACAUGUGCACGUGGUUCCCGGGGAAACCUUCACUGUCAAGGUCAAUGACCAGUUGCAGCAUAUUCGCGGCCCUGCGGUGGUGAGGAUGCUGUCGAACAAUGGGCCGCCAUUCCCGAUGCGUAUGCAGGUCCCCCCAGGUCAUGUUGUUCAGCAGAUCGUUGACGAGAACGGCAUACUCACGCACGUGUUCCUCUCACCACAGCACCCAGGCAUGAUGGGAAACCAGAUGCCAGGCGGUCCAAACAGUCCCUACUACCCGCCGUACAGUGGCCCCUAUUCCAACCACCCGGCCCCAUACCCCACACACCCUCAUGCCCACCCAGGCGGUCCCCCACACAGGGUCUCCACCCCACACAUGCCCCACCGGACACCCCCAGCAGCUGCCACGUGCGACAAUCACAACCCCGCACAUACACAAGGUAACAGUCCACCCCUGCCCAACAUGGAUGAGCGGACACAAAAGAAGCACCUCGAUCUUCGACGGAAGAUUCGAAACCGCGCCGACUACAAUCGGGGGCAACCACAACGAUCUCGCAGAAAUAGAGAAAAUGGCAUGGAUAUGGACAGGGCAGUCAGCAUUACCAAUUCAGAGACCCAGACCCAGGUUGGGGAACAAAACGAGGAGUAUGGACGUGCACUGCAAGCGGAGCUGUCAAAAAUGCCCACACCUAAGGUGUCGGACAUAGAGCCUCGAAGCGCCUUCAUCAAAUAUUACCCGCCGGACUUCGAUACCAAGGAAUUUGAUGUGAACCCCAGCAAGUUCCUCUACGACCUCAUGCUGUGUGAGAAGGGAAGAGACGGGAAGUACACCUGCGUCUAUCAAGGGGAUGCUUCAGAAAUUGCAUUAAAGGAUCUUAAACCAGCGACAGAGUAUCAUUUGAAAGUGUGUGCAGUGCUAGGGGACUACAGGGGCUCACCCACUGAAGCCAUCAGUUUUAUGACCAAGACCUGUGAGCCUGAUCCUCCACAGCCGCCAAAAUUCGACAAAAAAUCAAAAAGUUCAAUCAGCCUCAAAUGGAAUGCACCUUGUGAUAAUGGAUCCAAGAUCAAUAACUACGUCCUGGAAUAUGAGGGCGGGGAGACGGAGGGAAACUUUAUUGAGGUUUACCGAGGGCCGCAGAAGCAGUACCGUGUCUCACGAUUGGUGGCCGCCACAAAGUACACAUUCAGAUUAUCAGCAGUGAACGCCAUUGGGCAAAGUGAUUACAGCGAGCACGUGGCGUACUACACAAGUGGUUCCUGCCCCUCCCAGCCUGACCCCCCUGUGCUAUCAGAGCGCCAUGUCACAGAGCUCGUACUGGCAUGGGCACGACGUGCGAGUGACGAUGAGUAUUCACUGCACAUGGAUGACGAGAUAUCGGGUCAUGGUUUUAUUCCAAUCUACAAUGGGACUUCAACAUCUCAUAGAAUCACAAAACUGUAUCGAAAUAAAGACUAUAAAUUUAAGUUGGCUGCCGUUAAUGAGGAAGGCACCAGCAAGUGGAGUGACAUCGUAGCAUUCCGGACGUUGUCUGAUAAACCAGCGGCCCCUGGGAAACCACAACUGAAAGGCAGAAUAGAAACACACAAGUUUAAAAUAACUUGGGAUCCACCAAAAGACGAUGGAGGGUCACCUGUGACUAACUAUAUUGUACAAGUCAAUGAUGGAAAAGGUCAUGAGAGGAGGUUUGACAGGAUGGACCGGGAGUGUUCGUGUGAUGACCUCAUUCCUGGACAGACUUACUACGUCAGUGUAGCCGCAUGUAAUGAGUCUGGUACCAGCGAUUUCUCUGAUGUGUGUACAGCCACCACCCAAUGUGUUACACCAGGCCAGUGUUCUGUUCCCAAACUGCAGGGCAAACCAAAGGCCACCUCCCUGCAUCUCAGAUGGGCGUACCCAGAUUACAAUGGUGGUUCCCAAGUGUCUGAGUUCGCGGUCCAGAUGAUCCUACCGGACAACACAAGCCGCGAGGUGUACAAGGGUCGGGACCUGGAUUGCAUUGUGGCCGGCCUGUCACCCGGGCGACCAUACCUUUUCCAAGUGAUGGCAUUAAACAGAGCAGGGGGUGGCCCCUGGUCCGAGCCCCUGGAGAUUGUGAGUGGCCCUGGCGUGCCAGACCCUCCCAAGCAGCCACUGUGCCAGGCACGGUCAGCACACAGCGUGUACAUCACGUGGGAGGGGCCGGUCAAUAACGGGGCUACCAUCACAGAAUACAGGCUGGAGUGGCAGCUGAAGCCUGACACUGACUUUGCACAGCUUUUCACUGGAUCAGCGACAAACUUUGAGGUGAAAGGCCUUAGUCCAGCCACAUCAUAUUCAUUUAGGGUCCAGGCUAUUAAUAGUGCAGGGCCAGGGCUGUACAGCCCCAUAGCAACGUGUCAUACCCCUCCCAGUAGCCCCUCUGGCGUGGUGUCGAUUCGGGCACAAACCACGGCAACCAGCGUCAUCCUGAUAUGGAAGGAGCCCCAUGACAAUGGCAGUGAGAUAUACGCGUACAACAUAGACUUGGGUAAUGAUAAACCCCUUGUCAAUGUCGGUGCUGUCACGGAAUACACUGUGGAGGAUCUGACACCAGAAACAGCUUACAAGGUCCGUGUCCAAGCGGUGAACGAGGUAGGUGUCGGCACGUUCAGCUCGGCGGUCAAGUUCACGACUCGAGCCCUGCCUCCCCGGCCACCAAGACUCGAGUGCUGUGGCUCCUCCCACAAUAGUCUGAAGCUGAAAUGGGGUGAUGGACGCAAUGUUGAUCUCAUCACAUUCACACUGGAGAUGGACAAGGAAGAUGGAAAUUUUGUUGAGGUCUACAAAGGACAGGGUUACAACUGCAAGGUGAAUCGUUUGUCUGAAAUGAGCAGUUACGACUUCCGGAUAUUUGCCAGUAAUGAAGCGGGCAGUGGACCAUACAGUGAAACAUUCACAUUCACCACAAUAAGGGCUCCACCUCCUGCAUUGAAAGCCCCUAAGAUUCUGGACAUCAGUCUGACAGGUUGCAAAGUGGAGUGGUCUGCCUGUAAAACCAUGGGAGAGGAUGCCAUUGUGUACAAUCUGCAGUUGCAAAACAAAGACCAUGAAUAUAAACAGAUAUACAAAGGCUCUGACUCAAGUUACUCAAUAGACUUCUUACAAAGCAAAUCAGAGUACCAUGUCCGCGUUUGCGCGAUAAGGCAGUGUGAGGACACUGAAGAGAUUGCGGGGCCAUUCAGUCCUGGAACUACUUUCAGUACUCUGAGCCCGGAGCCCGUAAAACCGGAUCUGUCUCAGUCUGAGGAGACCAAGGUUGCUGCGCCCAAACAAUUAACUGAUCAACAGCUUGCCGCAUUGUUUGUGUUCGGAUUUUUCAUUGUGGCAGUGUUAAUUGCUUUCAUCAUGUCACAGUUCUUUCCUGGUGGCAAUGGGCUUAGGGACGAGGUCUGAUUAUUGAGUCUCCUUGCUUCACAUAGCUCGGUGUUAUGACAUCAUGACCUAAUAUGGAUAUAUUGGGUGCUGGAGAACUUGCUAAGAGAAAGCCGCCCCCGCUUUAACUGUGUUCCGAGGAUUUGGGGCAAAUAGGAGCCAAUGCUUUAGCAGUUGCUAGCAGUUGCGCUGGCAUCUCAUUUCAUUUUAUAAUUGUUAAAAUAUCUGCGUGAUCUACAUUGUGAUUUCUAUGAAAACAUAAAAUUAUAACCAUUAUUUUCUUACUUUUAUCUGAUAUGCUCUUAUCUGAUCUGUUGUUUGUGAAUGAACAUGAAAUGUAGUCUUGUGCUGGCACUGACUAUACGUUAGUUCAUUGAGUAGUUAGAUAUGACCCGCACUCUUGGAAAAGCCACAUUAAUCCAGGUGCGUAAAAUGUUGUCCAAUUAUAGCCUGUGCAGUCCAUAUAGGCUUAUCAGGAUCGACAAUUUCUGCCUAGACAGAAUUUUCUUGUAGGAAAGACUUAUUUUCAACCAAAAAAAUUCAUAAAGGCGGAAAGCGUCAUCCCUGAUUAGCCUGUGCGGCUUGUAAGUCUUAUAUGGGGCUAUAUUUCAAUCACAUACAUAAAGCUCGUUUUUCUUUCAGAGAGCGGUUCAUAUAUUGUUGCUUAGUGGAUCAUCAGUUUUAUGUAAAUACUUAUUAUUGUUAAGUUGGGAAUUUGUACAUUGUUCUUUGUGGGAGUUUUUGAAUAACUAAUGCCAGUAUAUUUAUACCAUUCUCAUAUUACAAUUUAUGCCACUCUUAACAAGCUCCACCUUUAAAAUUGUAAAAUUGUAUCACUAUGUUCAAAUUGAUACCAUAAACUCUGAAAUGUUUGAAGGUGGAAAAAUAUGUUUCUCAAAAAAAUGAUUUUUUGUAACACGACUUUUGAGCUCACCUGAGCACGUAUUUAGCUCAUGGUGAGCUUUUGCGAUCGCUAUUUGUCCGUAAUGCAGCGUGCUGCAUCAACGUUUGACUUGUAAGCACACUAGAUACCACAUCUGUUGUCUGAUCUUCAUGAAACUUGAUCAGAAGAUUUUUCCCAAUAUCUUGGACGUGUUUGAAAAUGGUUCCACUUAGGUAAAAACAUUUCUGGGGGUGGAGCUUUUAUUUUUAUAUGUCUAUAGUAAAGCCUUGUUGACACUCUAGAGCCCACAUUUAUUUUCCUAUCUUUAUGAAAUUCUUUUAGGAAUUUGUGCCAAGGAUAUCCUGCGUGAGUUCGAAAAUGGUUUUGUUUUUUGAGAAAAUGGCCGCGAGGGGUUUGCAGCAUUUUCCUUUUUUUGGCUAUAGUCAAACCUUGUUAAUACUCUAAAAGUCACAUUUAUUGAACUUGGUCAGAACAUUUUUUGUAAUGAUAUUUUGGAUUAUUUCAAAGAUGGCUCACGUCUGUUGAAAAGCAUGGCCGCCAAGGGGCUGGUCGUUUUUCUUUAUAUGGCUAAAGCAAAACCUUGUUAAAACUCUAAAAUUCAUAUUAAUAGUUCAAUCUUCAUGAAAUUCGUCAGAUCAUUUGUACAUUUGAUAACUUGGGCUGCAAAGAACAGGUCGGUGACUGUGUAUCUCAGGUGAGCAAUUUUGGGCCUUUCAGGCCCUCUUGUUUAGAAUCUAUCCUUUUGAACAGAUGUGCUGUAUUUUGUUUUAAAGCUUCAUUUGAUUUUUGUUAUAAUUGAAUAGGUCCGUUUACCAUGUGACAAUAUUUUCUUUAAAACAUCGAACAAUAAAUCUUUCAAUAAUUAUGUGCUUUGCCAAGCUUUAAACAUGAGUACCCCCAGUGAUAUCUCUAAUACAAAGCAAACUUUAUAUAGUGUAAUAUUUUACCCCCUCUGUUAACACCCUGCAGUUGUCUGCCCUCUUUAAAUAUAAAAAAAAUGAGUUAUUGUAUUCUUUAAAAAAAACUGUUUUGUUCCAUAAGACAUUAUUGUUAAUGUUUUAUCACUUUUAGCAAUUUUUAGCUAGGUGUUUUCGGAGAAAACCCGAGGUAUUGUCAUAGCCAGCUCGUCGUCCGGCGUCUGCUGUCUGACGUCCGCCGUCCGCGUCGUGCUUAAACCUUAACAUUGGCUCUAAAAUCAUAGUACUUCCACCUACAACUUUGAAACUUCAUAUGUAGAUGCACCUUGAUGAGUUCUACAUGCCACACCCAUUUUGGGGUCACUAGGUCAAAGGUCAAGGUCACUGUGACCUCUAAACAAAAAUAAAAAAAUUCUGACAAGCUUUCAUUUAUUCAAAACUGCACCCGUAGCCGAGCACACCCGUUAUGUGGUGCUUUUGUUAGUUUUCAUUAUAAUGUGGUGCUAACAUAAAAAUGAAUCACAAUAUUUGCAAUUCAUACUUUAUUUUCUUGCAUUCAACUUUCUAGAGCUCUGCUUAAUUGGAGUUAAGUGAAAUAAUUGGCUCCGCACUAACAGGGUCUGUAGUGAUAUUUCUUCUCAUCUUUGUCACUAUUCUUUAUUCUCUCCUGUAUUUCAUAUCAUUCAUCUUACCUUGCUUGUUUAUUUUACCCGUGUACAGUGAAUGCAUCAUACUCAUAUUAAAUGGCUCAUCUAUGAGUCAUUACUUUAUAUGUGAAAGACAAACCACCAUAGAAACAACGUUUUUAUAAAGAAAUAGAUUAUCUGCAUGUACAAAACAAUUUGCUAUUUAUACUUAUAGCGAUCCUCAUGUUGUUAACAUUUUGGAGGGGCCAUAUUAUUUUCUUGCAUUAUACUUGCCAAUGUCCAUCAAAUUUGAUGACAUAUUUAAAAAAGAAAUUCAUAUCUGAACAAACAAAAACACAACUGACUUAGAAAUAUAAUGGAAAAAUUGACUAGGUAAUGUUUAUGUAGUCUUUACAAUAUAAUGCUUACCGUAAUGACAUAAUUAUACAUGACUUAAAAUGUGCAAUAUUGAUAUUUUUUUUUGUUUUUUCUUGGCAUUACUUAUUUUCUGUCAAAGGAGAAAGCUCUUCUACUUAUUUUUUUCUCUAUUUAAUGCAUCCCUUUGAUUUAUUUGAAGAAAAAAAAAUCGCUGACAUUAAACUGGUAAUUCAUUUGAUUUAAUUGUGAUAAAUGACUGUGAAGAUUUAAUUGUAAAUAACGUCUUGACAUUAUUAUACCUGUUAUAUGUCUGAAUAAUUCUGUUGCGUUAUUUCGCUGAAAUAAUGUUGCAACGCAAGUGACAUCACACAAUGUAAAGAACUUAAUGAACAAAAUAAAAAUUAUAAUGCAGAAGUUGAUUACGAAUACAAAACGCAUGGGAUGUCCCAGAUGGGCACAGCUUAAAGAACAUCAUUGUAAUUAUGCUUUCAGCAGAUAGUCAUGGUUUUUCGUUACUGCUGAUAAAAUUGGAUAUGGCUUAAUGUGACAUUGUUGUUUUUGUUAGAAAUUAUUGUUUAACUGCUGAUGGUGCACUGGUUUGUUUUUCAUGUGUCAGAUACAAGCACAAUCAAUGUACACUCUGUUAUUGAUAUUUAAUGAGUGUAAGAAAAGAAAGGUUUGUUGAUCUCGAUAAAUAAAUUACACAUGUAGCGUAAACAAUUGCAAUGUCUUAUAACGUUUUUCAAGUAACUCAAAUCCAGCACAAAAUUUUAAAAUAAUCAUCAAAGAAUGGCAGUGAGAUUUAUUCUUCUUGCAUGACUAAUCUGUUUAAUACCAUUUAACCUCUUUAUGCACACAACACAAGACCUUAAAUUACAAAAGGCAGCAUUUAUUCUAUCAAGUACUGUUUCCCAGUUUCGGGACAUACAAAAUAUGUGCAAUGAAAAUAUCAUAAGCAAAUGUUGUACUUACCAAAACUGGUGUAUGUAUUGUUUGAAACCCAAUUGAAAGUUCAUAUUUUAUAUGAAAUUAGUUUAACAAGAUAUCAGCAUUUUCCGCAUUUUUUAUGAAAUCUGCUUUCAAAGCCUUGAAAUAUUUGAAAAAACAUAAAAAAACAUAACAAAAUAUAUUUAAAGACUGUUGGGCCAUCCAAAAACUCUAAAACUGUCCGCCAGUAGGGUUCACCUUGCUUUAGAAUACCUUCAUGUUAUGGCAUUUAUAUAUCUCUUAACAUACCUUAUAAUUUGUGUUUAAGCUUGUUAAAUUUACAUUUAAAUAUAUGUUAACAUAUUAUUUAAGAUUUAUUGUAUAAACGCUUGACCAAAUUUUAGCAAUUUAACUUUUUAAUAUUAAAAUGAAAACUUAUCGCAAUGCAUGAAGUUUUUAUUGCCAUUUAAGCUAUGAUCAAAGUAUCAUACAACUUUAUCUCUGAUUUACAGUGCUUUAUUAUUGGUCUGCAUACUUACAUGGGUUUUUAAUUUUGCUUGUAGAACACAGCAGUAGGACCUUAUACAUUGUGUUUGUUGAACAUGCUAAUUGAAGGUUGUGAUUAUAUUGGUGUGGAUAACCAAAAAUGCAUUAUUGUUAUGCUGCAUGUUAUAAAUUGAUAUUGCAACAAAUAUUAUUGUAUGAGAUAGCAGAAACAUCUAUAUUUAGGAUAGUGUUGUUAAGUUUCAAAGAAACUAUGAUAAUACUUGAAAUUAAGCAAAUUCUUUAAGUUAAAGUUUUUUUAUGAAUAUUUUCAAAUGCUUUUAGGAUGUUAAAUUUGUGAAAAAAUGUAUAUUAUUUUAUAUAAAGCCAGCAUGUGCUUUAUGUUUGUGCACUAUACAGUUCAUUUUACUUGUACUAUAAACGGAUACAAAUAAUGUAUAGUUAUAAUAUUGUCGUUUCAUUGCAUGGUCACAGAUUAAUACUGCUUUUGAUGUUCUCAUCAAUUAUCAUUGUGGACUGUCUAUUCAGUUUUUGUUUUUAUUUGGGGUAAAUCUAUUUUACAAUAUAUGUUUCGCUUUUUAAUGUGUAUAUUUCUUAGUAGCAUGUUUAAGGACCAUUAAUGUAUUAUUUGUUAUAUAUCUAUGACUGUUGUAAUACUGUUAUAUGUAAUAUUUAUUUUAAAUAAUAGAUUUUAUAUUCACUGAUGUGUAUGUUCUCCACUUACAAAUGCCAAUACCAGUUUUGAGAAUUUGUAAUUAAUGCGCAGGUUAUUGCCAUAAAAAGCAGUUUUAGAAACUUUUUUUCCAACUUAACCUUUUCAAAAAGUCUGGUGAUGUUAUACUUGUCUGCGCAUAUUACGCUUAAAAUGUUAUUGUAUACACCAGACAUGUUCAAUAUAUUUGUCAUAAUAUUAAGUUAUUUAAUGUUAAAAGUUAACGUUAAUAGUUAAUAGUUAAUGAAAAUAUUCUAGUUCAACAGCCAUGUUUUAAUUGGAGGAGUGAUUAAUGAAAUCUAAUUAUUUUUAGUAAAUUUAUUUUGUCCAAGUUUCCAGUUUUAAGUUCGAGUAAAACUGCACCGUGCAAGCGGUAUGUAUCAUACACAAAACUUUCAGUCGUUGUAUAUGUUGUAUUCAAUAUUUUACAAGUGGUUUAACUGUAUAUUUUAUCGUGUAUGUGUAUGUGCUUGCUUAUUAAUUGUCUUUGGUACAAAUGAAUAUAUAUAUAUUAUUGGACAAAUGCUAGUCAAUCAUCAUGAUAAUAAAUAAUAUCAAACCAUUAA